AUGCCCGCCGCGCUCCCGGUCCCUAUUGGCCACUCGGCAGUGCAUGUGCACCCAUCUGAUCAGCAUCCGCAUACCGGUGGUCACCAGGCUUCGGUCGGGUCCAACCACCACAACCAUCACCCGGUCGGCGGCGCGCCCGCGUCGACCUCGGCAACGUCCAUCUCGUACGAGUCGGUCUGCACCGACGAGGAGGAGAAGCUCAGCGAUUACGAGCCCGGAGGAUACCAUCCCGUGAGGAUCGGCGACGUCUAUGGACCCAAGAACCGUUAUGUGAUCGUGCGCAAGCUCGGAUGGGGUCACUUCUCGACCGUAUGGUACGUUUCACGUCACGGCACGUCGGGUCCGGCCGCAGCGAGCCCGCCAACCGGCCUGGCUCUAAUCUCUAUCGGCGGAUGAUGAUAGCGCACCCAAGUCUGCAACCGUAGCUGAUAUCCGGGGCAUUUCUCGUGUCCGUGUACAUCACAGGUUAGCAAGAGAUACCCAGUAAGCUUCUACUUUCGUUCGUAUCAUGUACUGCCCCGGCGUGGUAGGCUGUCGCAAGUAUUCCGGUUGUGAUAUUCCUGGACGAGUCGGCCCGCCCGCGGCGCACGCGCUAUCGUGCGGCGGCCUCCGGCAUCCCGACGAAGCGAUGUGACGUCGUCCUUAUCGACCGCUGCGCACCACUGCUCCUCUGUUGCCUCCAUUCCAAAGGACUGUGGGCUGGAAUCACACGGGUGACAGGUCAUAGCCAGGCUGUGACCCGGGCGGAGAGGAUCCGACGGUGGCCGCAAGGAGCCUAUCGCACUCUCCAUUAUCUUGCUUCGGAUUGGCUGACAUGAGCCUGUCUGCCCCUCGACUGCACCCCUUACCGCAUUGCCCAUCUGUGCAGAGCCAACAAACACGUCGCACUCAAGGUCGUCAAGUCGGCCCAACACUACACCGAGACCGCGUUUGACGAAAUCAGGCUGCUACAGCGCGUCGUCGAGUCGAACCCAAAUCACCCCGGGCGGCGGCAUGUCGUCUCUUUGCUAGACCAUUUCACCCACGAGGGACCCAACGGUGCCCAUGUCUGCAUGGUCUUUGAGGUCUUGGGCGAGAACUUGCUCGGUCUGAUCAAGCGGUAUCACCACCGAGGCGUGCCGGAUCAUAUCUGCAAGCAGAUCGCAAAGCAGGUCCUGCUCGGCCUCGACUACAUCCACCGCGAAUGCGGCAUUAUCCACACCGACCUCAAACCCGAGAACGUACUCAUCUGCAUCGACGACGUGGAGGCCGUUGUACGAGCCGAACUCGAGACCAGCCCUGCCGCGGUGCCGACCAAGCUCGUCGGCGUACCCCCGAGUCAAGGGCGAGGAGGCACGCAGACACCACGUGCGGAAGGCAUCUUCAUCACGGGUAGUCAGCCAUUACCGAGUCCUAGUUCAUCGUACGGCACGAGUCCGGUGAUCGAAAAGUUGGCGUUCCAGAUGUCCAAGAUCUCGGACAGCGGCGUAUCACCUUCCUCGAGCGUCAAGGGGAAAGCACCGUCGAUGAGUGCGGUUGAUCAGCAGAUGGCGGAUGUCAAGAUUGGUGAUAUUGGAGUCAAGAAGUCGACGACAACAAACCCUCCGAAAGGACCGUCUCUGCUUUCGCAGCAGGCCGCCGCGGCCGCAAGCACGAGCGGGUUCAACCUCACUCCGCCAGACCCGUCGGAAGUGGGUGAAUCAGACGUGACGAUGCGCUCCGGAUCGGCCUCUUCGGCCUCUCCCGAGGAUUCGAACGUCGUCCAACCUUCCAACUCGCCCUCACCUCCCGCGCAGAUGCCCUUCAAUCCACUCCAACCCGCACCGGCGGCGGGUGACCCGACUGUCUUGCCCCCUCCAGCUCCUUACGACCCCUCGACGCUCGAGCGCAUCACGGUCAAGAUCGCCGAUCUUGGAAAUGCCAGUUGGACAGAUCUCCACUUUACCAACGACAUUCAGACACGUCAGUACCGAUCUCCGGAAGCGAUCAUUGGCGCGAAAUGGGGGACCUCAGUCGAUAUCUGGUCGGCCUCAGCUAUGGUGAGUCAUGUCCAAGCAGUGUCUGAAGGAACGAGAGACUGACUCGCGUCGUACUUUCUAUCGUCUAGUUCUUUGAGCUUUUGACCGGCGAUUACCUCUUCGACCCUCAUCCGGGAACAAAGUACAACAAGGACGACGACCACAUCGCGCAGAUCAUCGAACUGAUCGGGCCCUUCCCGCGCUCGAUCGCACUGAGCGGCAAGUUCAGUUCCGAGAUUUUCACACGAAAGGGCGAAUUGAAGCACAUACACAAGCUCAAGUUCUGGCCGUUGCAUUCGGUCUUGCAAGACAAGUACCUAAUUUCCGAGGCCGAGGCGAGAGCACUGGAAUCGUUCCUCGAGCCGAUGUUGAACCUCAACCCGGAUAAGCGAGCAUCGGCGCAAGAGAUGCUGGGGCAUGAGUGGUUACAAGGCGUGAUCGUGCAGGGCGAGAUUGAUGUGCAUUUGGCGCAGGAAGCCAAAGAGGAGGAACGGGCCAAGAUCGAGACGGGGAAGGCGACCGCGCGAGCAAUCGGGAUGAGCGUCGAUAGUCCAGGCGUGACGAACGCUUCCAUCGUCGAUCCUCAACUCGUGCAUGCGCUGCGACCCAUCGACGCGACAUUGGACGUGCACCAUACGGUCCCUCCGCCACACCCGCAUCUCUCGUCGUCGCUCGCUGGUGCGUCCUCACAACCUACUCGCGCUUGA